ACAAAGGCAAACAAUCAAGAAGCACGUCGUUUGUAACGCCAACGGCCAACCUCAUCUUCCUCUGUUCCUCUCACUUAAUAAAAAAAUCCUCUCGUCAACCUCGUCGCACCUAAAUCGAUGUCUCUUCAACUGUGGGAUACCUUCAAAGAAUCAAUCACAGCAUAUACAGGUCUCUCUCCGGCUACUUUCUUUACAGUUAUUGCUCUUGGCCUUGCUGUGUACUACACGCUGUCCAGUUUAUUUAGGUCGUCUGGUGAUGACCAUCCAAGUCUGAGGUCAAGAGGGUUUGAAGAGAAGAUGGAGCCGCUUCCACCUCCAGUUCAACUUGGUGAAAUCACUGAUGAAGAGUUGAAACUUUAUGAUGGGUCUGAUCCAGAAAAGCCUUUGCUCAUGGCUAUAAAGGGUCAGAUCUAUGAUGUUUCACGGAGCAGGAUGUUCUAUGGACCGGGUGGACCUUAUGCCUUGUUUGCAGGAAAGGAUGCCAGUCGUGCCCUUGCGAAAAUGUCUUUUGAAGAUAAAGAUCUCAACGGUGAUCUCACUGGCCUAGGUAUGUUUGAGCUCGAAGCCUUACAAGAUUGGGAAUAUAAGUUUAUGAGCAAAUAUUUCAAGGUCGGCACUGUCAAAAGUUCUGUGCCAGUGAGUGAUGGAGCGACUGAAGGACAAACGGUAGAGGCAACUGAGGGUGAUGCUGCUAAGCCUGCUGAAGAUGGCCCUUCAGCAGUUCUUGAGAAGGAAGCUGCAGCUGCUGAUAAUGCUGAAAAGAAAGAAUGAGUUCUUAUCUAUUAGCGAAGUGGGGAGGACGGAGAGAGCCAUUUUUUAUGGAAAUGAAAAUAGAUUAUAAUGGUUGGCUGCUGCUGCUUUACUGUAAUGAAUUCGAUUUAGUAUCCUGUUUGUCGAUUUAAAUAAUGACAGAGGCUUCUUAAAUCUGUAUUUGUAUUAGUUAUUUGCGUAUUAUGCUCUUAUUUCAUUCAAUUUAGCCGAUAUAUCGAGCUAACCUUGUGCUUAAAUCCUUGAUGUGUAUUGAUGGAGUUCGUGGCCAGGUUAUCGGAGUUCAAA